AGCGCAGUCCUCAGUGGAAAGUUGGGAUGUCCGUCUUGAAGGCUGACGACGGCGAGCUUCCAUUCCCAUCCAUCCCUUCCCAUCCAUCCAUCCAUCCAUCCACCAGCCCUUUCCAUCCGCCUACGAGGCGACCUCCCCCGCCGUCCCUGUAUCAUCUGCGUAUCGAACGAGUGUAGAUUUGUUAAAUUUGCAUUUCGAGAAGUUACCCACGUCGUAACCAGAAGAACUUGAGAGAUCGCGUUGUUUUAACAUCUACUACACAAAAUGUCCAUCUCGCGCAAUUCAAAGAUUUUGUCCCUCCUCAACUACCGCCUGCGUAUCACGGUACAAGAUGGCAGGACUUUGAUCGGACAGAUGCUUGCUUUUGACAAGCAUAUGAAUCUGGUUUUGGCGGACUGUGAGGAGUUUCGAAAGAUAAAGCCAAAGGGAAAGGAGGUACAAGUGGAGAGGGAGGAAAAGAGGACCUUGGGCUUGGUCAUUUUGAGAGGAGAGACAAUAGUGAGCUUGAGUGUCGAGGGACCACCCCCAGCAUCGGACGAUGCAAGAGCACGUUCGGCUGCUGCAAUGGCCGGCCCUGGUAUGGGACGUCCGGCUGGAAGAGGUCUGCCAAUGGCCCCAGCGGGAAUGGCCCCAAUGGGUCUUGGUGGUCCAGUACGCGGUGUAGGUGGUCCAGCUCCGGGUAUGAUGCAACCGCCUAUGGGACGAGGAGUUGGUGCUCCCCCAGUUCAGUACGGUAGACCUCCUAUGGGUCCCCCUCCGGGUAUGGGUCGUCCAGGUGCCCCACCGAUGGGUCCCCCCAUGGGCGGUGCUCCACCAUUCGGUCGUGGAAUGCCACCUCCUCCUCCUCAAGGAUUCCGUCCUCCUCCGGGUGGUCCUGGGGGCUUCAGGCCACCAAUGCCGGGAAUGCCCGGAGCUCCUCCCGCGAUGCCAGGUAUGCCGGGCAUGCCGCCACCACGACCAGGAUUCCCCGCACCACCGCCUGGCUUCAGACCCCCACCAGGUGGCCCCAUGCCACCUCGUCCGCAGUAGAUUCCCGAUCAAGCUACCCGUUACCUGUAAUUCAGUUCUGACCUGCGGAAGCAAAUUGUGCGCUCAUCUCGCUAAACAAUGGGAAGAAUGCAGAUCGUGUGGUUGACCAAUUUGCUAUAGUCCCCCUAGGAGAUAGCGUGUAUAGUCUUUCUUUUUCGUGAUAAAUUGCUUUUACAUCAGAAUCGUCUUUUGCCGUGUUUUAUAUUAAAGGGCCGCUUUAUCUUA